UGUUAAUGCUGGUUCCUAGAUAGACGAAAUUAGCUAUGACUGUUAACAGUGACAUCUAAGAAUCAGAAUGUGGAAAUUGUUAAUACCUAAAAUUAUUAAGUUUUAACAUGGAAGCAAGCAGAUUGGCGGAGGCUUGCCAUUAACGACUGCGGGAACAUGCUUUAUAUCUAUUAUAGGUUCUUCUUUACACAACGGUGAAAAUCCGUUUUAACUCAAUGUAUUUCCUUCAACGUAAAUAAUGGAACUCCCGGUGUUGCACAUUUUUAUCAAGACUUGGUUUCCUCUUAUAACCUAUUACGUUUUUGUAGCAAUCAACGCCUGUCUGCACUGCCGACCCUUCUUUCUACUUAGCUGUCUGAUGUUGUUCCGCAACUAACCAACAGAUUUGGUUUCUUCUUGUGCUGGAGAAUCUGCAGUUUGCAUGCAAAGAGAUAUUACGCUCUUUAUUUUCUCUCUUGCUGAUGAAGUACAGUUCAGCAUUGGCGUCUUCAGAGAUAAACUGUUUACUUUGCAAUAUUGCUGGAUGGAGAUUUACGCUCAACAAAAGAGAGGUAUGAAUUUAUCUUCCAGCUAUGAUUGAAUGCCGUCGCUCUUCUUGUAUUCUCCUAGCAUUCUAAAACUCCCAUUUGGUAGUCGAAUGCUCAAAUCUAAUCGACCCGCUUAUCGCUUGUGCAGUCCAUAACGCCGGUUAGAGCUGAUAACCAAUGCCGUUAAUAGUGUAUAAAUUGUAGAAGUCAAGUUGGCAUAAGCAAUAGUUUGGCGGCGUUUUGGCUCCAGCACACUUCAUAGCCUAUUUAAAAAUCUAACUAAAUAUUUACAUAGGUAAUCAUAUACUGUUUUUAUUUGAAAUGGUCUCUUGGCCGGUGCUCGUACUGGCGUUGUUGGCCUUUUGCAGCCACGACUUAACAUCAGCAGAAAAAUCCUGGUGGCAGACAGCAUCAUUCUAUCAGAUCUACCAUCGUUCCUUUAAAGAUAGUGAUGGUGAUGGCUUGGGUGAUUUGAAUGGAGUCACAAGUGUGCUGCCCUAUUUAAAGGAGAUCGGUAUUAGUGCGACAUGGCUCUCACCCUUUUUGGAAUCACCAAUGGUUGACUUUGGUUACGACAUUUCCAAUUUCACCGCCGUUGAUCCGCUCUUUGGUACAAUGGAGGAUUUCGACCGCAUGGUGGCCAAGGCCAAAGAGUUGGACAUCAAAAUAAUUUUGGACUUUGUACCAAAUCACUCGAGCGAUGAGUGCGAUUGGUUCAUACGAUCAGCCGCGCGAGAUCCUGUCUAUAAGGACUACUAUAUCUGGCAUCCAGGCAAGGUGGUGAAUGGAAAGCGUCAACCGCCAAGCAACUGGGUGAGCGUUUUCUACGGAUCGGCGUGGGAAUGGCACGAAGGACGACAGGAGUAUUUCUUUCAUCAGUUCGAUAAGAGACAGCCCGAUUUCAAUUUCCGUAAUCCCGUAGUACGCGAAGAGAUGAAUAAUAUUUUACGAUUCUGGCUGGAUCGCGGAGUCGAUGGCUUCCGCAUUGAUGCUAUUCUCCACGCAUUUGAAAUAGAGGCCGAUGAAAAUGGCGAUUAUCCGGAUGAACCACUGAGUGGCUGGAGCGAUGAUCCACUGAAUUAUGGUUAUUUGCGACACAUUUAUACAGUGGAUCAGAGGGAGACUCCUCAUUUGGUAUAUGAGUGGCGGCAGAUUUUAAAAGAUUACCAAGCCGAAAAUGGCGGUGAUGAACGAAUACUGAUGGCCGAGGCCUGGUCACCAAUUGAUAUUGUUAUGCAAUACUAUGGCAACGAAACUGCGGAUGGCGGACAAAUACCUUUCAAUUUUCAGUUGAUAUCCAAUCUUGGUUAUGACUCCGAUGCAUAUCUCUACUCUGAAAUGAUCAACCGCUGGUUCGAGUACAUGCCAGCUGGCAGAACACCGAACUGGGUGAUCGGAAAUCACGACAAGAAACGCGUGGGCACUCGCUUCGGCACGGAGCGCAUUGAUCUCUUCAAUAUACUAUUACUCACAUUGCCCGGCUGCAGUAUUACCUAUAACGGCGAGGAGAUCGGCAUGACGGAUGUAUGGAUCUCGUGGGAAGAGACAGUCGAUCCGCAGGCAUGCAAUAAUGAACAAGAUAAAUAUGAGUGGUAUUCCCGUGAUCCGGCACGUACACCCUUCCAGUGGAGUGACGCGGCUAAUGCUGGUUUCACCACCGGCCGUAGCACUUGGCUACCGAUCUCGGAGGACUACAAACGUUUGAAUGUUAAGCGAGAACGUGGUGUGGCGCUGAGUCAUUUGAACAUUUUCAAGGAGCUGCAAAAGCUGCGGCAAUUGGCUACGUUCCAAGAUGGCGAUGCGGAGGUGAAGGCACUAAAUAAAAAUGUAUUGGGUGUGAAGCGGUCUCUUCGCGGCAAUCACACUUACAUAACUCUACUAAAUAUCUUUGGAAACAUUGAGAACUUCAAUUUGCACGAACACUUUGCUAAUUUGUCAGCGGAAUUUGAAUAUGUUUUGAUUACCGAUCGGUCAAUCAAGCAUAAAGGCGAUAAAGUAUCCGCGAGCAGCGUCAGCCUCAUGCCACACGAAUCGGUUGUGCUGAAAUCUACCAUACGGCAGUAAAUGACAAACUUGACCAAAGCAAAAAAGUGAAUAUUAUUAACUGUUAUCGGUGUUUUUUGACCGUCUGGUAAAAUUCUCAAGUGGCACUUAAACAACUUGAGUUUAUCAGUUUCCGAUUUAAAUUUCACUACCAAAGUUUUGUUUUUGGCUUUUGUGAUAUUUAUUAGUCUUAGAUGUAAAUCUAAAUAAUCAUAAUCAACGCGAUAGAUGUUUUUUUUACUUGUAAAUUUC